AUGCCACGCGCACCCAGCUACGCCAGACCCACAGCAUCUUCCCAAGCAAAACAAACCCCCGAGAGCAAGAUUCCCGUCAGAAAAUCAAAAACGAUAUCCCAUUCCCGCCGGCCCUCGGUCGUACCUAGAUCCUCACGAGCAAAUACGCGGUCAUCAUGGGAAGAGGAAGAAGAAGAAGAAGAAGAAGAAGAAGAUGAAGAUGACGAGAGAGAGAUGAAGCUUCACCAGCAAGAGUUCUUGACGAAAAAGCUUCAGAGAGAAAAAGAGAAGCAGGAGAGACUCCGUCAGAAGGAGCUACAGGUAAAAAAGGCGAGAGCAGAAGAAGAAGCUAACCGCAACCUAGAAAGAAAAAUGCUCCAAGGAAAAUGUCACCACAAUAGCCUCGACUGUGACACCGAUUCGGACAACGAAACUUUCGUUACAGCCAGUGAAGGGUACAGAACAGCGCCAGAAUAUCGAACCUUCGACUCAGAAGACGAGAUAGUCCGAGAGAGAAAGGCUUUGAGGGAUAGCACUGCACUUUGCGAUGCGUGGGAGCCGAAUAUAGAGCGACUGAAAAAGGUUCGAGAUGAGAAUGAGCGGUUGGAGAGUGAACGUGUUGGAUGGGAACAGGAGGUGGCGAUGAGGGAUCGAUUGGCUGAGAUUGGGGAGUUGAUUGAGGUGGAUUAUUUGGGACGUAAGCUUUAG